CUUGUUGCCAGCCAUGUCGCUGCAACCUUCUCACCUUCAGGCUGGGCUCCACGAAGGAAGCAAAGAUGAAGAGGAGGAACAGAAAGAUGAGGGACAGGUAGAUCGUCCCUCCAUCUCACUUCUCUCCCUGUGCCCGUCCUGCAGACGUGACUAUGAUGUCGCCCUCCUCCUGCCCUGCUCCCACACCCUGUGUGGCCGCUGUUUAGGGGGGGAGGAGGAGGCAGGGGGGGGCCAGUCUCCUAGCGGUGCCCCUGGAGCUGGCUGUUUGGUCGGCCCGCGUGUGUGCGCUGUGCUGUGCCCAUGUUGCCGCUACCCUGUGGAGCUGCCGUGUUGGGACUGGGCAUCUGCUCUGUGUUGUCUGCCCCAUGACCCCACCCUGAGCCCUGGAUGGAGAACCAAGGAAAGGGGCACAGGAAAGGCCCCGCUACAGGAAGACAAGUCACUGGAUGCGUUCUGCCUGGAGACAGGUUCCUCCCCUUCACCACUAGAUGGUACUAUAGACUUACAAGAAGAGGACAUGGAGCAAUCUGUUGCAGGUCUCUCAUUCAUCCUGGACCCCUCUACGCUUCACUCCUCCCUCCGUCUGUCCAACUCCUCCCUCACUGUCACCUUCCAGGGAUCAAGCCCCCCGCUGCUGCCCUCCCAUCGCCCAGGCAACGGGGUUGGGGGGUCGCAGAUGGAGCCGAUCCUCCCGCAGGUUUGUGGCGACGUGAUCAUCUCUAGAGGGCAGUUCUACUGGGAGGUGGACGUGUGUAACAGCGCCCUCUAUGGGAUCGGAGUGCAGUCCUUGGACAGCUCUCGCAGUUGGUGGAUGGAGAGGCGGGGUAUGUCCUUCUCCGCUGUGUACGACGGAUGUCAGGAGCCUGUUCGUGCCGUGCCCCCCCAGAUCAAAACCCUGGGCAUAUUCCUCAACAUGGGUGGGGGCGUCCUUAGCUUCCACAACCCCCUGACCCAGGAGCACUUAGCCACCCUGCCCACCCGCUUUGGCCCCACCGGAGUGACUCCUGCUCUGGGAUUGGGACAGGGCAGACUGAGGCUUCGGUGCGGCCUACCCCCACCACCUCAUAUCUUCCUCAGCCGGCACUCUGCCUACCGGGGCCCCUCUGGGGCCGGCGAUGGACGCUGGCGUAGAGAAGUGGAUUUCCAGUCGGUGAGGACCGUCAUCCAGAAGUUUGAGGAGCUGGCAGUGUCGGAUUCGGACUCUGGUCUGGUGUCGAGUUUUGGGUCUUCUUGUUCAACGCUGGCCUCCCUUCCAGAGCCUGGAGGACCAGGGACUGGCUUGAGUCUAAGCCCAGGAUCAGCUCUCAUCUCUAGGAAGGGAAGGUAACAGGAAGCAAGGGCAGAAGAAACUCUGGAUCAUGUGAGCCUCUGAAGCAGUUUUGAAUUUAGCUUUUAGUGGGAUUCUUCCCUGUCUCUUUCUUUCGCUUACACACACACACACACACACACACACACACACACACACACACAGACAACCCCACGCUCACACACACACACACAGACAACCCCAUGUUCACACACACACACAACCCCACGCUCACACACACACACGCACACACACACAACCCCACGCUCACACAAUCCCCUGGAAAUGGGGUUUGAUAUGUGGAUGACCGUUUGAAAGGCUAAUUUCUCAUCUCUAGAGACUCCCUGUGGCCCUGGCCCUUGUCAUUAACCCUCUCCCCAGGACACUGGUCUUUCUCUCAGACCCAGAAGUCAGGGGGCGUGGCCAGCACCAUCCCUGAGGGACGUUAGCAGGAGGUGGAGUCUCUCUCAGGAGUCUCUCUCAUGGGGGUCAGGCCCAUAGGAGGUGAUGGUAAGACAGUAGGGGUCUUUCUGUUUGAUUGAGAGUAUGGGGGAAAGGGUGGCUGGAAGAUGUGGUGGUCUACCACUAGAACACUGCCGGUGUUGGCUGAGGGCAGCAGGGAACAGUUGCUGCGUACGUUUAUCCCACAGGGGUUCUGAAUCCAUCCAGCCUGUCCCCCUAGUCCACACAACCCCGAAAGAGUACAAUUGAAACAGAGAAUGAGAAAGGAAGAAAGGAAGGAAGGAAGGAAGGACAAGUCUACAUGCAUAGGGUACACACUGCAGGUGGAGAACUGGUUGAGGAAAAGAACGAGUUUUGAGCAUUGUGUGCAUUGGCCAUGGCCAUGUUGAAUUGUAACAUUUCUGAUCAUUUGAACUCAUUGCAAAUUCUAAAUCGUUUUAUCAUAUCUGCUCAUGUCUGUUUUUUCCUUCUCUGCUUUUGGAAGGGGCCCUAAACUCAUUUGGUCAGACCACCCAGGUUGCACACAUCAGCUGUAA